CCAUAUAAUAAUUACAAAACUUUUACAUUUUCAUCUUAAUUGGAAAUAUACCAGCAAUGGAGUAUCUCUGUCUGACCUGGAAACACCUAAAUGUAAGCGUUUUAUUACAAUUGAUGAAAGUAAAGGAAGAACGGGCAACGAUUUGUUUCAAACUGCUACAAUCUUGGGAUUGGCAUAUAGACAUGAUUUAAUACCAGUUAUUUCUUCUUCAUACCCCUUGAGCACGUAUUUUGACUUAUCUAAUAUUGUUGAUUUGAAGAAGAGUAAAUUAUCAAAUAAUGUAUUCCUUCAUUCAAAUAAAGUAGCAAUAUAUAGAAACUUCAGCACAAGACUUAAGCAAGAAUCUCACAACUUUACCAUGGUAGGUUGUUUUCAAUCUUGGAGAUAUUUUGAUUCAGAAAGAGAUAUUGUUAGAAAUGCAAUACGCUUGAAAUAUGUACAUUUUCACCGCGCUGAAAAUUACAUGAAACUUGUGAACCCUAAAGGCUAUAAACAAUUUGCAAUUCAUAUUCGUCGUGGAGAUUUUAGCUCCCCAGAACUCUUAAAAAGAGGAUUUGCCGUAGCAGAUGCAAAAUUUGUUGAAAAAGCAAUGAACAUAUUACAAAAUAACACAUCGUACAUAGUAUUUUUUGUGGUUACAAAUGACAAGAAAUGGUGUGAAGGGAACUUGAAAAAUGUCCAUAUAAGUCCAUUCGACAAUCCUGGAGACGAUCUGGCAAUUAUGGCCUUGAGUGAUCACGUGAUAAUGACAGCAGGAACAUUUGGAGCUUGGUUAGCAGGGGGAAAAGUUGUUUAUUAUAAAGAGUUUCCUCGAUCAAAAAGUCAUUUAUCAUUUCUUUUUAAUAUAUAUGAUUAUUAUCCAUCAGAUUGGAUAGGUAUAACAUGAAAAUACAACUAAUCCUGUUUUUUGUUUAAUUAUAAUUGAUAUUCAUUACAUGUCAGGAAAAUAUAAAUCAAUUAUUUUAUGAUGAUGAAGUGAGCUGUCCUGUUUAUUGACAUGGCUAAUGUGAUUUUUCACCAAUUCAAAUAAUAAAUGACUUUAUUUACAGGUAAAUAUAUUCAUUUGUUGCUAGGCAACAAUAUCCAUUUAUUGUCAGGCAGACAUAUCAAUUCGAUGGGACGAUUCAUGAUUACAUUUUUCAUCAAAUUACGCGCAAAAAAUCAACAACAUAACUUCUUGAUGUCCCGUUUUGUGUUACAAAAUAUAUGACAACAUUAUACGAAUGCAAGUUUUACAGUGUAUUAUGAUAAUAAGUAUAUGUGAAGGAAUGUUUUAGAAUAAAUAUAAA